GCGAGAGAAUGUUUUCAUCUGUUUACGAGUCCCAACCUGCAGCGGCCGCAGUCUGCGCGCGUGGGCUUUCCUUUUUAUCAAAAUGUCUUUAAAAACUGCGGGAACAGUUCUGACACGUACGCUGUGGACCAGGGGGAACCGGACCCCGCCGGCGCCCAGGUCGAGCAAAAUGAGCGGACUCUCCAGCACAUGCGGCGGCUCUGGAAGUGAGCCGCGGCAGCCGCCGGGCCGCGGAGAAGCGCAGGAGCAAAGUUGGGGCGCGAACGCGGCGCCGACUGCCCGCGAGCCCCCGCACAGAUGCGCGAGCAGGGAGCAGAAGCCGCCCAAGGAGCACGCGGGGGCUGCGGGCGUGAGGAGACGCUCGUACACCUCCACCGCAGCUCCCGCCGACCUGCGGUCCUACUUCUGGACUCGCUACAACGACACCAAACGGCUGGUUCACGACCUGAUCCCUCCAGGCGCGUGUAACCUCCUCAACUCGUCCACCAUCUACGCCAACAACGAGGUCGACCUCUCUGAGGUGGACAUCUACGGUUUUGACUAUGACUACACGCUGGCGCUUUACUCAAACUCCCUCAACACCCUGAUCUACAACACGGCAAGAAGCUUCCUCAUUGAACACUUCAAGUAUCCUGAGGGCAUCCGAAAGUACGAUUACAAUCCCAACUUUGCUGUCAGGGGUCUUCACUACGACAUUCAAAAAGGUCUUCUCAUGAAGAUAGAUGCCUUCCACUACAUCCAGCCAGGAACAGUGUAUCGGGGUCUCAGUCCAGUCCCGGAUGAGCAGGUCCUCGAGCUCUUUGGAGGGACUUUCCAUAUCCCACUGCAACAGGACAGCGGCUUCUAUGGAAAGGGGCCAAAGGUGAAGCAGUUCAUGGACAUCUUCUCCAUUCCAGAAAUGACCCUUUUGGCUGUGGCAAAUGACUUUUUCCUCACCAACGACAUCGAAUAUGAUCCGGUUCACCUCUUUAAGGACGUCUCGGAAGCAAUCGGCAUGGUUCAUCUGAAAGGCUACAUGUACAAAUGGAUCAUGCAAGACCUGGACAAGUUCAUUCUGAGGGGGGAAGAGACGGAGGCCGUGUUGCGCAGAUUGGUCAGUCAUGGGAAGAAGCUUUUCCUCAUAACAAACAGUCCCUUCAGCUUUGUGGAUAAAGGAAUGACACACAUGGUGGGGAAAGACUGGAGAGACUUUUUUGACGUCGUCAUUGUGCAGGCAGACAAACCUCACUUCUUUACUGACUGCAUCAAGCCCUUCAGGCGCUUGGAUGGUAACGGAGACCUACGGUGGGAGAAGAUCAAGAGUUUGGACAAAGGCCAAAUCUACAAACAGGGGAACCUUUUUGACUUCCUCAGACUGACCGGCUGGCGAGGCUCAAGAGUUCUUUACUUUGGGGAUCAUCUUUAUAGUGACCUGGCUGACCUGAUGUUGCGACACGGCUGGCGAACAGCAGCUUUAGUGCCUGAGCUGGAGCAGGAGACCAGAGUGGUGAGCACGAGCCGGUAUUCGUUGAACCUCACCUGGCUACAGGCUCUAACCGGUCUGAUGGAACGCCUACAGACGUACCGUGACCCAGAAUCUAAGCAGAUACUUGAGGAAUGGCAGAAGGAAAGAGAAGAGCUGAGGGUCAUGACAAAGAACAUGUUCAACCCUCAGUUCGGCAGCAUCUUCAGGACGUGUCACAACCCCACCUACUUCUCCAGGCGCCUGUGUCGCUUCUCUGACGUGUACAUGGCCUCGCUGAGCUGCCUGUUGAACUAUGACCUCUCGUACAUUUUUUACCCCCGCCGCACCCCUCUGCAGCACGAGGCUCCUCUGUGGAUGGAUCAGCUUUGCACGGGCUGCAUGAAGACGCCGUUUCUAGAGGAGAUGUCUCACAUACGAUGAGAGCUGUGCUCUCCUCCCUGACCCGUAGGAUUUAAUAUUUUAGGCCUGGCCAACACUUGACAUGAACUGUAUUGCUUUCAUUUUAACAGGGUUUCAUUUUUAGCUAGCAAGGUGCUACACGGCUACACGACUCCCUCCACAGGGCAGAGUAACCCCGUUCUGCACAGUGACCCACUUACCCAGUGAAUUCACUAGAGGGUGCUGUAGAACGAACUGCUGAACAGAGUGCACGCCGUGCCAUCCAAUGUGUUGUGGUCCAAUACAAACGCACACUCUGUGUCUGCAUCGAGGUGAUAAUGAAAUGCUGCACGUUACGUUAUUAAGCUGAAGUCGCACAAUUACAACAAAUAAAGAUUCAAAGUCUAA